GAAAAAUAAUUUUAUAAUAAUACAAUUUUACUAUAUUUUAUUAAUAUAUUAUAAUAAAAAUAAUAGUUAAAAUUAUAUUUUAAUAAUCGUGUCGAUAUAUAUAGAACACUUAUUUUGGACCAGUGGAAUACUUCAUGCACUUCCCGACAUCUAUGGUUGGGCCCACCGUAACGGCCCGUCUUCCUGUUGUACGCACGCACGCACGCGACGUACCGUCUUUUGAGUAUUCUGGGGCCCACCCGUCACCGUCAGAUCCCCGCCACCUGACGAACAAAAAUACUCUAGAGUCGAGACCACGGAAGGAAAAGACCCGCCUCCUCCUCCGCUGUCCUCUCUCUCGCGAGCACUCUCCUCGUCUCCCGCUCCCCCCAUCCAUCCAUCCAUCGGCGAGACCGCGCGCGGCAUGAAGGGCGGUGGAGUCGUCAGGGGCGUCGGCCUCGGCGGCGGCGCGGGGCUGAUGAGGACGCGGCUGCGGCUCCCCGUGGUGCUCCUGUCCUGCUCCCUCUUCUUCCUCGCCGGCUUCUUCGGCUCCAUCCUCUUCACCCAGGACCCGGAGGAGACGGACCUGCCGGCGCCGAGGGAGCGGCUGCUGGAGGCGGCGUGGCCCGAGAUGCCCUUCGGAGAGUCGGGCGAGCCCGCGCCUUCCUUGAUCCCGUUCCAGAUUUUGAGUUGGCAGCCUCGUGCAUUUUACUUUCCGCAAUUCGCAACAUCAGAUCAGUGUGAAAAUAUAGUACGAACUGCAAAGGAAAGACUUGCACCGUCAACAUUAGCUUUAAGGAAAGGAGAAACCGCAGAGAGUACAAAAGGAAUCAGGACAAGUUCAGGAACAUUCCUCAGUGCUAAUGAAGAUCCAAGUGGAACUCUUGCAGAAGUUGAAAAGAAGAUUGCAAGGGCUACCAUGAUACCCAGAAAUCAUGGGGAGCUCUUUAAUGUCCUACGGUAUGAGAUUGGACAAAGGUAUGCUUCACAUUAUGAUGCAUUUGACCCAGCUCAGUAUGGUCCACAAAAAAGUCAAAGGGUGGCAUCUUUCUUGCUUUAUCUCACGGAUGUCGAAGUAGGGGGAGAAACUAUGUUCCCAUAUGAGAAUGGGGAGAAUAUGGAUAUAGGCUAUGACUAUGAAAAGUGCAUUGGCCUAAAGGUAAAACCAAGGAAGGGUGAUGGUCUCUUGUUUUACUCCCUUAUGGUGAAUGGAACCAUCGAUCCGACUUCACUUCAUGGUAGCUGCCCAGUGAUGAAGGGCGAGAAGUGGGUUGCCACGAAAUGGAUUAGAGACAAUACGGUGUAGAUGCGGUUACGAUGCUCAAGACUCCCUCCAAAAUAGAUCAUACGCACAUAUACUAACCAUUAUUGUACACAUUUUUGUACUCUUACACAUUGUAUUUGUCCAAUUCUCGUGGACAUUAAUGAACACCAGUGAAAGAAAAUGGACCAUUGUGUCAAUCAAGGCA